AUGGCGGGCAAAGAUGCGACCAUGGAAGAUCUCGAUUCGCCAUCACAGUGGUUAGUCGAACGAGCUCGGCAAAGCUUGAGAGAGAAUAAUCCUUAUGAAGCUAAAGCGUGGCUAAUAACUGCUAAGACACUAUAUCCCAAAGAUUUCGGGAUUCAGGUAGGCUCAGAGCUUGCAAUUAUUUGUCCAUUGAUUUGUAAGUUUCUGUACCAGUUGUCAUGUUUUCUUUUCAGUCUGCGUCUAUGAUUGUCUAGCGGCGUCUUUGGUCAAUACUUAUAGAACGAUCCAUAGAUUUAAGUGAGUUAUCAUCGUGUCUCGCACUAAAAACUGCAGUGUUUGAUCACUUAGGAUUUUUUUUUUAUAUAUUAAAUUGUUACUUAAGUCUUAUUUAACCUUAAAUGCGGGUGAUUUAGGGAGUAAAGUUAAAAUUCAAGUUUCUAAUUAAGUCACAUAGAUACUACUAUUCUUGGAUGGGAUCAUCAUCCCAGUUAGAAAGAUAACAUUGUGUAGUCUGAUUGUCCAGGUGAGAGUAGUGACUCAUGGGAAGGACUGUUGUUUGUAGGAGUGACUGAUGUUUUGAUGACCUCAGUAGAAGUCUUUAUUAGUGAUGAGACUUCUGCUAGGGUCAUUAACACGUCAGUCUCUACAACAGACAACAGUCCUUCUCUAGAUUCUGUGGACAAUCAGACCACACAAUCAAAUGUUACUUCAAGGUUGCUGUUUUAGAAGUUUAGAAGCUCUCUUGGUAUCUUAUGGCAAAAUAAGUUGGGAAGUUUUGCCAUUCAGUCUCAUAUAUACUUCAUUAUCUUUGUAUCUUGAAGCUUGUUUUUGCAGGAGCCAUUAUUAUAAUGCAGAGAGACUUUUUAUCAUUUUGAAACAAUUACUUGUGCUUGGCAUCUUGAUGUAUGUACCAUUUCACUUAUGUGAAGCAUUUCAUUUCAGUAUGAGGCUUACAGUAUUGAGAGAAAUGCUGAGCGAGUUCAGGAGUCUGCCAAGCUUUUCUAUAUUAUGUGAGUUUGUUGAUUUUAGAUUCCCUCUUGUCAGAAACUUGGGGAGUGGAAUAGGUAAAGAGGAAGAGAAGGCAUUGUCUUCACUGAGAAAUGUAGUCACAGGGGAUUAGUGUAAAGUAAUGAAGGAAGAUUGCCCAUAUCAACUUAAGAUAGCUCACAGCAUCAAUAUUUGGUCAGGGAAUUCUGUGUUGGAAGUGGAUAGUUCUCCAAUAUCCUAUUUCUUAUGGAUACCUUUAGAGGAACCUACCCAAAUUUAAAUUUAUGACCUCUAACAAGACCUUUUGCUUGACUUGUGUUUUCCAGCUUCUGAUCUUUACUCUCAACUUAAACAUACAUUAAGCUGGAAAUUACUUUUUUGUAAUGUUUUUUCAAUGUAGAAAAAUAUAUUUAUUAGGUUUGAACAGUUUCCAGAAAAUGACAUUCUUUGGAAGGAAGUUGUUAGCUUCACUGAUGCUCUUGAAAGUGAUGUCAUGGACCAACAUGGAAAGUUUCUGACAGGUACCUAAUUAGGUGUAUUAAUUAAUAGGUAAAUCUACAUUUUGUUAAAAUGUUAAAGUUAAUAUUGUGUGAAAACCACCAUUAUCAUCAUCAAUUUAAUUUUUGCCAUGAGUAGUGUUAAUAUAUUUUUUUUUUUCUUUAGAUAUGUUUGGCUGUCUUCCACAGCAUGCACAGCGAGAGAUACUUCUCAAGGCUGCAGGUGAGCAGUAUAUACAUUUUAUAUUAACACUAGUGUAUGAAACUUUUUUUGAUCCCUCUGCUUGAAUGUUUUAGGGAGAUGCAAAGAUUACAUAGAGAGAUGUCGAAUGAUGUUGCUGUUAAUGAGAAGAUUUCCUGAUGUGAUUCCAAAGAAUGGGGUAUUUGUGUGAUCAAUUAUAUUUACAUCAUUAUCAUGUUUAAUUAUAGUACUAACAUCAGACCAAGAAAUUUUCUCUAUAUGUUGCAAGUAAGAUGAAAACUUUUCCAAUCAAAAUUUAGUAAUAAAAUCAUAAGACUGCAUUUUUUUCUAAGUUUCAUUGUGACCCAACAUGUUUGUACUGAAGUGUUCUUUAUUCAGAUGAUGGUGGCAAGAUUGAUGUUAUUGUUACAUUAAGGGUUGUGCUGACCCAGCAUGUUUGUACUGACAGAAGUAUUCUCUAUUUAUAUGCUGGUGGUCAGAUUGAUAUUAUUGUUAUAUUUUACUACAGGUUGCUCUGACAGAGAUGUUGAUUGAGGCUGAAAACUCAGAGUAUCCAGCAGCUCCUGUUAAUCCUUACAGGAAGUUAUUAGGUUUGUGCUGGCAGCUCCUGACUCACUCAAAGAGCAUAUUUCUCAAGGUGGUCUUGACAUGAAUGUGAUCCCCUUCCGUCAAGUAUAUGACAAUUUGUAGUUAUAAUUCUUUAUAACUGUUUGGUAUUUUGAUUAUUGCUGAAGAGAUUGAUCAGGCAUAAAGUUUUCUUGUUAAAUUGCAGCUCAUGAAGAAGUUCUUCACUUGUAAUUUUAAGUAGGGGUUACCACAGUUGUCAGUAAAUGUUCUCUGAUUUCAGCUUGACCAGUAUUUUAUAUUUUUGCCAGAAGCCUUCAUAAGGGAAGUGAGAUAAUGGACCUGAUUGUUCAACAGAUUCUGAGGAUUUAAUCAGUUACCAGCCCAUGUUUGGCUCUACUUUUACAAGUCUGGAAUUCUUGCGUUGCUUUUGCCCCUUUUAUUCCCAAAAUUGAUUAAAUUGUAACUUCUCCUCACAAUUUCAACAUAUUACACAGUAAUGUAGGGAAAGAGAAGGGAGAUACUCAUCACCUGAUGGGUGUUGCCUUAAUAUAGCACCAAAUUAAAUUGAUCUAUAACAAACUGAAUAUUAGUUUGAAAAAACCAUACCAAUCAGAUUUCUAGUAAGUUAAAAAGCAUGUCAAGACUUUUUUUUUCUUAGUUACUGUGAUGCUGUCAAAAUAUUGUUUCAGUGUGUGACGUAUUGCCUCACUUACUGGCCAGUGAAAAGAUGACAGUUAGUACUUCAAGUGCUGAGAGUCAAAGUGGUGAAGAUAAGGAGGUUUGUCAUCUUAGUGUAAGACAGAGCUCUUAGCAUUUCAUGGUUGUAUGACCACACAUUUGUGUUUUUGUACUCCUAAGUGUAAUUUAAGGAUACAUUGUCUACUUCUCUCAAUUUUAAGCUUUAAUCAAAUUUAACGUAUCACAGGCAGUUAUAUCUUUUACCUGCAGAUAAAGGUCAGCAAAAUGUUUCAACUGUGGUUUAAGCAGUUACUAGAGGAAAAGUCAGGAAAAAAGAAUGCUGCUACCAAAACUACUGUACAAAAUAGCUAAUACUGUUAACUUUCUCAUAAAUCAGAUGAUCACAAUCAGUGUGAAGUUAUAAAAUAUUUUAAUUUUCAUGUAAAACUGAUCUUCUUUUAUUUAGAUGUCUUGUGAAAUGGUAUGCUCAACUUUCCCAAACUACACCAUCACAACAAUCUUAAUUUAUUAUUUGUUUAUUUUUUUUGUCUUGAUCUAGGGGAUUGUUUCUGGUAUCUCUCUGGUUCAAGUUUACAAGUGGCUGGAAUUAUCCAUUCAAUUUUAUGUCUCCUGUACCACAGCCCAUAACUACAUGUCCGAAAACUUUGAUGUUCAUCAGAGCAUUGUAGACACAAGUAUUGUAGCUGAAGUGCUUGAUGGACAAGGGCCAUGGAUAGCCCUUCAUGAGCUGUUUUACUUGGCAGCAAAGAAAUGUGGAUGGGUGGAGAUUUGUAGGAUUCAUGAAAGACUGGAUUCAAAAAAAUACAGGUGAAGAAUCUCUUUCCUGGAAUCAAGAAGCUUAUGGUUGUGGAUUAAGCAGUGGGCAUCAAGCCAUUCCAAUUUUUUGAUGAUUAUUAUUUUAUCUUUGAUUUGGGUCUGUUAUGGCUUACAGGUGAUUCAAGACUUUUUCAAAGUUUCAACCCCCCAGCCUUCAAAGUGAUUGAAGUCAAAGACUUUUGCACAAAAUUUGAUGUUAAGCUUGCAGGGACUAAAAUGGUGUCCAUCAUGUUAUAUCUUUCCAGAAGCACCAAUGACCAUUGGACAAGUAUUUUAGACCUACAUCACAAACUGAAAAAAAUGUCCAAGCAUAGCUUGGAAGAAGGCACAGAGGAGGAGGUGCUUGAGAAAACUGGGCUUAUGUUUGCUGCCAUCAUUUUAUUCUUACAGACUGUCUGGGAAUAUUGCCGUGUUGUCAACAGACUUGAUGUAAUAUGUAAGUAGGGUUCCUGUGCUAGUUACCAUGUCCUACCUUACCAUGGCCAUUUCACAGUUAUGUACUUAGUUGCCUUGCCUUUGAUUUGGAGUGAAGCUGAACAUGACCUUGUUGUGAUGAUAACAAAGAAAUUUGCAUUUGAAAAGCAAGCAAGGUUUGUAUCAUAACAAGGUCAACCUUAGCCUCAUUCCUUUUCAAAGGCUUGGCAACCAAGCACACAACUGUAAAAUGGACUUUUGUUAGCAGACUGGGUUCAAGCCCUUGGCAGAAGGAGACAAUUGAGUUCUGAUAUGCUGUCAGAAAAACUGGGUAGAGGAAGAAAAUUGGGUACCAGCAAAUUCUGAGGGAAUGAACAUGGAUGCUGCAAUCUUAAAAAAUCUUAACACACAAUCAAGAAGUCAGGGAAUACUCCUCAACAUGUCAUGUUACAGUUACUGCACUUGAGUCUUUCAGCAAUACCAGUUAAUCUCAUUUCCCAAAGUUACCUUAACUUAAAAUUUAUUUUCCACAUAAGUUCUUAUCAUCCAUCUUUUCCAAGGUUAGAAUUAAAAAGUGGAAAAUGAUCAGAUUUCAUGUCUUUAAAGUUUAGAAUUUAAUGAUAAAAUAUGAUGAUGAAAUUCAAUGCUUAUUGACUUGCAAGGUAUCCAGUUUGUAUCCUAUUCUGAUCAGGAUAUAGAACCUCAUUCAAAAAUGUAAAGAGUACUGAUAGUGGUGAAGUUAUCACUGAAUACAAAAUGGCCAGCACUUUGCUAUCAUUGCUGACCAUUGUUUCACAAAGUGCUAAAACAUUAUAAAUUUCAGUUGCUUAAAAUUUAUUGUGAUCUGGCAUGUUCAUCUUUAUUGAUGUCAUGCUAGAACUUUCUGAUCAACUUACAUGAAGAUUAACAAGAUAAUUUUAGUAUUAUGAACUGAGUUGAUAAUGUAAAUUGGCCUCCUUUAAGAGUUUCAAAGCAGACAUUUGGAGCAUUAUCCCUUUGUCCAAGCAAAUGACAUGAAUGACAUGAAGAUUACCUAACUUGUUUUUCUAAUUUCUUAACAGCUUCAUCUGGUUUGGUGUAUCCUUUGGUUUUAGUUGAGGACAGUGUUGAAGUCAACACUCAGCUAUCAGGCAGUGCUUCUGCAAGCGCUGCAGCAAGUGACAGGUAUGAAUAAUGGGAAUGACAAACAAGACGAUCAGUAUUAGUGUAGAACACUUGAAAAACAGUUAAUUAUUAACUUGGUCACAGAUUAGGAAUGACGAAAGCAUAAUGCGUGUCAGCAGAAUAAGCAGAAUGGUAACUUUUUUUGAUUGAGCAAUUCAACAUUACUGGUCCUAGCAGUAUAAAGGACAUACAAAUAUAUGUGAAAUAUGAACCUUCUAAUGGCCUAGCUCACCAUAGAGUCCCUGUAGCUCAGUGGUAGAGUAUCAGAGCCUGGAAGUUUGAGGGUCUGUGAUUUGAUUCCUUGUGGGGACUCUGAACUUUUUUUCUUUGUCCUACACUCAUAGCAAGACCAAAAAGCAUCUGUCUCUAUUUCUUUAUUGUGCUCAAAAUUUACCAUCUUUCUUUUUCUGUGUAUUAAGCAUUCAGAUAUUUGCAAGCUUUUUUUAAACCAAAAAACAUUUCUUUACUUACACAAAGCAUUGUAAAAAUGUUUUGGAGGAAGGGUUUUUUUGAAAUCAUACUCAGUUGCCUUUUUAAAUCUUUUCCAUGGACAGCCCAGCACCAAAGAAGAAAAAGCGAAAAUUGGCAUCUGUAAGUAUACUCUCUGUACUCUCUGACUUAUUGUUUUCCAACACCACUGAUAAAUUGGUUUUUAUUUGGACAGCUGAAACUAACUCUGGUUCAACACCAUUUUGUAGGGCAGGUCUGGUUCUCCUGCAAAGGAUGACAGUAAGGGAAAGCAACCAUCACACAUCAUAAUUGAUAAAAGUAAGACAGCUUUGGAAGAUGUGAUAAAUAAAGGGUUCUCUGUAAAAGUUAUCUAAUUCUUAUUAAUCCUUGUAAGGUACUGGCUACACAAAUUGGCCGCAAAGGACUAGCUACACAUUGUAUUGUAUGGCCCAGCUGCUAGGGAGUAACAAAAUAUCAGACAGACUUCAGAGAGUCUCUGGACAUCUUACCUUCUGACUUGAACUUAUUUUGCCAAAUCUUAUUGAAACGUUCGCAAAUGUAAACAUUGUAACUUCAGCAAAAACGGAAACUUUGAACAUCUGUGAGCAAUUUAUUUAAAAAAAGCGAAACUUCGUUUUUUGGGUUUUUUUUCGUUCAUAGAUAGGACUGGAGAACAGAAAGACUCGGGAAAGGCGGGUUUGAAAUUAUGAUAAUAUCGGUAAUACAUCCAAGUCCAUAGUAAAUUGUUUGUAGGAUCUAUAACUUGUGUUAGAUUUGUUAAUACAUUUAUUUAUUAAACUAUUGUUCAUUUAUUGUUCUUAUUUUUUAUGUAGACUGUGGUUCUGUCAGUCAAAACCUCUCAGAUGACUUCGCUGUAUCUGUAGAGGCUUGGCACCUUCUCAACACAUAUCCUGACUAUAAAAACGGUUUGUCAACAGUGCAAAAACACUGUGUGAAAAUGCUUUUUAUAAACAUCCGGUGUUACGACAUUGUGAUGGAGUAGAACCACGCUGAAAAUUUUAUUUAUAGAAGAAUGGUUUUAAGUUCAUGUCAGUGGGAAGUUUUAGUGAACUAAGAUCAAGUUAUCAAGAUUGUGGUGUGUGGCAUUCGGCAAGAUUGUACGAAAAGUUUGCACGUGAACUUGUCAUUUUUCCUCACACAUUUCGGUAGUAACCCGAGUCGGCGAUUUCACUCGAUAUUUAGUUUCCCUGAUCAGAAGGGUUUUAAUUUUGUAGCUCAAGUAGCUGUUGGCGUGGCUUAAAUUAACAACUGCGAUUUUAAAGCUGAGGGAUCAUGCAUUCAAGCCUGCUUGAAGUCCAGGAACUCACUCUAAUUAUAUAUUUGUGGUGUUUACAGAUUUUCUGCGUCUAUUAGACGAGUGGCGCGUGGACCAGUGGAACUGGAUGGGAACGUUUAAAGUGGACCGACUUAUUUACAAGGUGACACAACCAGCAGGGGUAUGGGGAGGGUUUUGCAGACGUAAGCCCUACAUUACCAGCUUACAGACUUUUGGGAGCUUUUCAAAUUGUAUUAUUAUCAAAAAAUUAUGAUGUCGCGUGGAAAAUAGGAGUUUAGGGUAAUUUUCACUCAAGGGCCCCUUCUUUAGCCUACAAACGACAUGCAGUCGCGGAUGUUCAUCUAGUUGGUUUCUGUAUCAUUUGUUCACGAAGUUCCUCCUUCCACGCAUCCCUGAGUAUCAGGGAAAACUAUUAGAGACAACCUGAUGAAAUACUGAGGGGUCAGAACAUGCUGUGACUGGCGGAAAUCAUUUCCAAUAAUAGCCGCAAUACUCGUGUUGCUUCGGCUCUGGUGUGUGCAAGGAACUUGGCCAAGAAAACGUUUUCUUUCCUAGAUUUUUUUUUUCAGCUGGUUCUCGAUGAUAUUUAAGUUUGGAUUGUUGAUUCUGUUAGAUUCGAUUUGAAUUCGUUUGAAUUAUGUCUGUUAUGUAGGGUAAAUACAAGAAAGCUGUUGAGUUUCUUCAGGAACAACGAAAUGCAUUGGAACAGGACACUUCGGGAAAUCAAGAGGUAAGAGCGCUUGAAGGAAAGCUUGAACAGUUUGAUGCGAUGUAAUGAGGUGUUGCCCAUAGGACGUUCUGAUCACAUUGCAAGCCAAGAAAUAAUGGAAUAUCGGAGGAAAGCUAAAGGUUAAUUGCUCAAAGUAGUUAAGUGUUCACUAACAGAGGAAAAUAUCUCAAAAGUGACGUACCAACUGUAAACAGCUUCCCGAAUCAGUAGUCUUCUCGAUCAAUCUGUCAUUUUUUUCUCUAAAAAAACAAGCUCAAGCUAGACCAAAAUGUAACUUAAGUAGAAUCCAGUUCGUAGCCUCGCAACAAAUCUCAGCCUGCUCAUCUACAUCAGACGCACGCUUAAGAUGAAAACGUUUAGGUGUUAUUUGUUUUUACUAAUUUGUAUUUUCUUUGUCUUGUGGCUUAGUUACUUAUCAGAGGAGCCAUUCAGUUGUCAUGUUGCUACUUCCGCCUCGAUGAUCACAAGGUGAUAAACAAACCAAUUAGAAAUGAAAAUGGAUAGUUGUUUUAUGAUAAAAAAUCGUUACUUUUUUACAUUAUGGUCUUAUGUUUAGCUCUAUGGAUUGCGGUUCAAGAGAUCUGGGUUGAGUUUUGGUUGGAAUCAGUCGCGACCUUGAUCCUAGGGUCUCUCUCUCCCUUCCCUUAGAACGGAAGGGGGUCUAGGAGUGUAAAAGAGGAGAGACCCCGAGCAGAAGAAGGCUCUGGGGGGUGGAGAGAAGUGAGAUCUUGGAACGGAGAUGGAGUCGUUGCCUUGUGUUGUGUUUAUGGGCAAGACAAUUCUUUCAGCCAUAAAUCGAAGGGCAAAAACCCGGUCCGUUGCCUACAAUACUAACCUUAUCUCGGUUAGAAAGAGCUAGGCGUGUGUAACUCGCAUUCGUUUGUUCUUGUUUUCAUCAGAGAGCAUGUGAAGAAGCACUAUAUGGUUUGCAAUUCUUCUCGGCAAGAAGUUCAGCUGGAGAUAACAUGACACUGAAAAGAUCAACAUCAAUGCAUCAAGGAAAACUUGAUGCGAGUGGAAAUGAACCAUCCUUGUCAAGUUCUUCCUCAACUGGCGGUAUAGUAACACAAAAUCACCUUUCAAUGACUGCUUCGUAAGCAUACCUAGGGAAGGUGUCAGGGAAGGUGUUUGUGUUUGCCGAAUGGAGGGAGAUUUGCAGUGGAGGGGGGUAGCAUCGGAAAUGGCCUAGUGUCAAGAGAAUAUUCUCCUGUUUCGCGUGUUAUCCGGCCUGGUGGAGGGUCCAGUAUUGUUGCUGCCCAAACUUGGGUGCUCGGUACUGACGAACCGUGUGAAUAGGUCUAUUCUAAGAACUGGCAAAGAGUGAACAGCUGUUUUUAUUGUUGUGGUGUGGAUUGUUGUAUUGCUGUUUUUGGUUUGUUUCUUUAAAAAUUUUUUUUUGUGAUAAUUUUUCUAUUGAACCCUCAGGUCGAUGUUUAAGACUGAUCCAGUGCAGUGAAACAGAAGUGCUUUCUUUUACUGUCCGUUUACUUCUUUCGUCACUGAAGGUAGUGUUUCUGAAUAAUGUAAAGCCUCUCUAGUCACACGUUGUACCCAAAAAGUCUUUCAAGCAGUAAUCUCGAGCGAAAGACAAAACAACACAAACGAAACCAGAACCAUAAAAAAUGAUGCGCUUAAAGUUUAUUUCCUCAAAAUGUCAAGCUUAAGAAACGUAAAAAAUCAAAGUUUGGAUCGUCCAGUGCAACCAUUUUGUUUCCAUGUUUUCUCUUCGUAUUUUUGCCCUGCCUCACUGUGUAAUAUAUAUUUCGCGCGUUCCGUUCCCCUAAUAUGGUGAAAUGGCCUAAUAGUAGAUUGAUGGGGGAAAAGUCAACUGAGCGAUGUUGUGUUACACAGUACCAUAUUUUGAGAAAUAUAUAGAGACAGUGGUGAGAAGUAAACUAAAGCCAUGGGAAUGAGAGGAAAAAACAUUUUUCUUACUUCUAGCAAAGGCUGGUGACGGAAGGGCGAAAUGACACACUCCUUGGUCACGUGGUAGUGUUAGUGCAGUUUGGUUGGCCAAGAGAAGAGGAUGCCUUCUAUGAGCUCCUGGACAGGAUCCGUGAUCAGGGAGGACUGAGAUACAGGGUGUUUUUCAGUUACGUGAACAGUAUCCUUUUUUAAUUCGAAUUCUUAGUAAUGUUUUUAAUUACAGUCUGUGCCGGUGGGGAUCCUUGCGGAUCCUGGAACGAUUCCUUAAAGGAGUCCCGGCUAGAUCCCGUUGCAACCUCGACGGGAACCUUGGCGGGAAUCCCGGUGGGACCUGGCGCUUUCCCAGCGGGAAUACAUGUAAGAUCUCGUUGGGGAUAUAAGAAUACAAUUUACGCCACGUGCGUUUCUUUUUAAUGUGUUUACUUUGCCGCUUUGUGGAUUUAGACCGGGUGAUAAACAGUGUCCUCCAAGUUUACUUAAUAGUUGGCAGAUAUCGAUAUUCUGGAGGAGUUCGCGCACCUCUACAGUGAUGAUUCGUACAACCUCGAUCUAGUUCCUCUCUCUACAUCUGGUUCAGGGUAAGUCCUAAAUAUGGCGGUUAUUUCCCAUGUUAUGUCACCAACGUCUACUCCAAUGUGAGACGUGUUCCUUCGCGAAAUGCCGUUUGCUAAAUUUAGAAUUUUAAAGGAAGGUAAAAGUGAGCGUCUUGUGAUUUAUUUUCACCCCUUUCGAAUCAAACUCUGUCAAUUUUUCCAGGCUAUUUCAAUAUGUCUUUUGUGUGCUAUUGGGAGAGUUUGUUUCUUUUCUCCAUUUGGUGUCAUUAAAACGACCCCAAAGCUAUCUCAAUGAAUAAUCAGAAUAAAGCAAUAUACUUACAGGACCCACUUCCAGCUCAAAGUUACAAUAAAUAAACUGUGUGAAGCGCGGGAAAACUUGAGUGUCCAAGUCGAAAUUGGUUUUUGGUUAGCAUCUGAUUGGCGGAAAGAGGGCUGUGUGUUUCCUUAACCAGUCACAGAGUGUCAACAUGUCUCAAGUGCAGGAAAACCUUAGUGUCCAAGUCGCAACUGGUUUUUGGUUAACAUUUGUUUGGUUGAAAGAGUGAUGCUUGUUUCUUUAACCAAUCACAGAGCGGCUACUUCUCUAAAGUGCGGGAAAAUCUCAGUGUUCAAGUCGCAACUGUUUUUUUGUUAACAUCCGAUUGGUUGAAAGAGUGAUGCUUGUUUCUUUAACCAAUCACAGAGCGUGCUCGGAGUCGUAGGGCAACCAAUUUAAUACUGAGUUAUUUUCUACAAUAAUUUCAAAAUUACCCUGUUAAAUGCUAGCUCUGUCAAUUAAUGUCUUUAGAAAAUUUUUAGAGAUCCGUUGUUACUUAUGCUUUACUUAGUUUACUUCUUCUUGACUUAUUUGACUUCGGUUACUUACUUUGCAGUAGAGCAGUGACACGAGGAGUUAACAAGGGAGCCAAAGAGGACUUUCGUGCCGCCAUGGAGAGACAAGUCAGUCGCAGUGAUGAAAGCUUUGAACCACUUCUCAAAGCUUUCUUACAAAACGAGAAAGAUUCUCUUUUAAGCUGACACAAACAAUACGCAACGACGUAACCUCACGUAUAACUGAGAAACAAUAUUAAUGAGAUUUAGAACGUAAUGGUUAUUUCUGUUAAAGUAUUACGGUUUAAGUUUACUAAGCUUUGGAGAACUCUUUCUUUCUAUGAGCCCUGUUAAUCGAAAGAAAAGUUCUGUAUUCUCAACCAAUCGGGAACGAAAACCAAACCCACUACUUCCGCGCGUUUUUACCCGUUAUGCGCGAGAUGUCUCACUUUGUCUGAAACUGCACCCCGGUGGCUUAAAUUGUUAUCCAGCCACUAAAACGACUCAGCUCUCAACACUUUUACAUCGCUCGUCUCAUUUUAGAAGUUUGACUAAAAUUUACAAGUACAGAAAAAGAGGAGAUAUCACAUUGUAAAUAUCGAGAAUAAAAUUCUUAGUCAAAAAGGAAACAGCUGUUGUUUUUGUCC